GCUAUCCUUUAUUCAUCCGCCAUUUUCUGACAGCAGACUGUUUCUGUGUUCGGUUGUUGCGCAGUUGUAUUCAGACUUCAGUAAAUAUCAGGAUAGUUUACAGAUAAUUAAAAUCUUUCCAGCCAUGGGCACGACUGUCCUGACCGCGAGUUUUGCUCUGCUUUGUUUUUUUCUUCUCUGUGAGCCCUCACUUCAAACAGAGAAACACUCGCUGUAUUACAUUUACACGGCGUUGUCUAAACCUGUCAAGCUGCCGGGUAUCUAUCAGUUCACUGCUAUGGGUCUGCUAGAUGACAGAGAGAUCGACUAUUACAACAGUGAAGGACAGAAAAAGAUUCCCAAACAGGACUGGAUGAGGGAGAAAAUGGAGAAGGAUUACUGGGAGAAAGGCACCCAGUCCAGAAAGAGCAAAGAACAGUGGUUUAAUGUGAACGUCGACAUUCUGAUGAAACGCAUGAGACACAAUGAAUCAGAUGUUCAUGUUCUUCAGUGGAGACAUGGUUGUGAAAUUGAGAAACAGGGAGAUGAAGUGAAGUUUUCCAGAGGCAUUGAUGAGUACAGCUAUGAUGGGGCUAACUUCCUGUCUUUUGAUGAUAAGGAGUCUCAGUGGGUCGCCCCUGUUGAUGCAGCUCUUCCAACCAAGAGGAAGUGGGAUAAUGUGCCCAUCCUAAACCAGUACACCAAGGGCUACCUGGAGAAAGAGUGUGUGGACUGGCUUAACAAAUUCAGAGACUAUGGAGAUGAGGUGCUCAAAAAGGGCUCUCCUCCAGAUGUUAAUGUGUUUGCAAAAAGGUGCAACAAAGACAAAACCAAAGUCGAACUCACCUGUUUUGCCACUGGCUUUUACCCCAAAGAUGUGAUAUUGAGCAUAAGGAAAUAUCGCUCACCCCUGCCUGAAGAUGAGAUAAAAUCCUCUGGAAUCAGACCAAACCACGAUGGGACCUUCCAGUGGAGGAAGAGUGUGGAUAUCCCUGAGAAUGAAAAAGCAGAAUAUGAUUGUUUUGUGUUUCACAGUACCCUCCAAGAGCCAAUUAUCACCACAUGGGAUGGAAAAUGCCCAGACUGUGGAGGCUCCAUUAUUAUUGGAAUUGCCAUUGGAGCUGUAGGCGUAGGACUUGUUGUUGCAUUAGUGAUUCUUUACCUUUAUAUGACUAAACGACUCUUUUGCCGAAAACGAGAAGUUCAAAGGAAACUGCCAGGUAAACUGCUUUGGAGAAUACUGAAGUGAAGUGAAUCUGUAUUUCUCUUUAGAUAAGUGUUAAGGGAUGUUCAAACAUGAAUGCGUUUUAUCACUAGAGCUUGGGUGGAUGUGAAUACACCUACUGCUGGAUGUUUUUAAUGCGCUUCUCACUGGUUAUGAACAUAAAAUAUAACACGAUUUCUAUGGACUGCUUUAAAAUACAUUGAGUAUGUUUUGACAGGGAAUCAGUUUUCCACUGAUAAUAAUGAACAUUCUGGGGAGUGGUUCCCAAAAGCAUUGUUAGCACGUUAGCAAAAUAGCUUAACAAUUUGGUAUUUCCCACAAUCAUAGUUUAAAUUUAUUUUAGACCUCCAGGAAUUAUGUAUUAGAUAAACAAUUUCAGGGAGGUACCAUAAAUACAGACAAGUUUCCAUGAAACCACCACCAAAUAUGAUUCAUUAUUUAUUAUUGUUGAUUUAUCUGUUUUAUUUUGAUGCACUUAACUGAUUGUGACCACCUCACUAAUGUAACGCAGUUUUACCUGUUUAAGAGAUGCAUCA